AGCGCAAAUAGGUGAUGGGAAGAGCGGCAGUCAUACGACGCCAGAUCAGCACUGUAGAACGCGCAACUCACCAACCCACCAAGAUGCAAAAUGCCUUGGAGUUUACUCUGCACUCUUAAGUCAUGACUUUGUCUCCUGCCCUUCCCAUCGAGCAAACACCGUGCACGUCGCUAUUUUAGGAUAACUGCAAGUUUUAGAGGGGCGUGACCCAAGGAUAGCCCUUUCCAGCCCUCGCUUUUGCGAGAGCCGCGCCGUCCCGCCACCACAUCGCACCGACACCGCCGUUGGACCCGCGCGCUGAAGCAAGCGGGGCGCGCUAGCGACGUUAUUCAGCCCACGCAGCCCUGCCUGCCGGCGCCCUGUUCAUUCGCAGCAACGAUUGCUCGGCAUGGGCGCGGCGGCGACCCGGCAGGGACGAACGAUGAACGAGUACGCGGCGGAAGCGUGGGGAGCAGGCCCGGGAAGGGCGACCUGCUCUGAUAGCAUGUCAAAAGAGCUAGGUAGCUAGGAAGCCAUAGAAUGGCGAGAGGGUUUAGCUAGGAGAAAGUUUACGAGAGAAAAGAGAUCGAGAAUAGAAGAGAGAGGGAUGCAAGGAGGGGGGUUGUACCUCUACAGUAGAUUUCAGUAACACCUACCAAGCCUACAAUUAUAUAACAUAUAUAAUUUAACAGCGCCGACU